CUCGAAAGCACAGAGAUAAUUGAAUUUUCUUCGAUCCUUUCAGAACCAUGCAUCCUGCUAUCGCUAUUUUGCUUGUGUUUGCUGGCUGCUGCUCUAAUGUAAUUUUCCUUGAGCUGCUUGUGAGGUAGGAUAAAUAGCUAACCCAACUUCAAACACGGAAUACAAAGUAUUGCGCUUCUCAAGUAAAGUGUUAUGGAGAUCACGAAAGCAUUUCCACUCAAGCUAUAUUUAGCAUAGAAUUCACAUGCCGGGUUGUAAAUUGUUUUUCUCGAAUCGAAUCUCCCCGAAUGAUGAAUUAGUGCAAUAGAACUAUGUUUUCAAAGCAUGGGAAGCUGUCUCUCUUCCUCCGCUGGUCGAUUUAUCGAAUGGAAUAUUGAUUUAACAAUUUGGUAGCAACAAAGUUAUGAUUGGGGUUAAAGGGGCAUUCUUAUGCAAUACGAUCGAAAUAACAACUUCAUCCAAGCUUUGAUUGAUCUUCAAAUGUGAAACUGUGUAAAAGAGCUUUUUUUACUCAAGAAUCCUCGCCAGGAAUAAUAUUUUACGAGUCUAAUAACAUGGGAAAAUAAAAGUUUGAUAUUUUCUUGCGAAGUUUUAGUUAUGCCCGGAUAGCGUUACUGAUCUCGCCGGCUCCAUUGCUUGAAACCACUGGCGAUCACAACCCAUCCUAAUUCGAUGACAAGAGUUUCAUGAAAGUUUUCGAGACGGAUCCCGUCCGCACUAGUAGUUUUACACCCUGACAAUGACCAUACUUGCUAAAAAACAUGUUAGGUAAAUCGAUCUUUGUGAAGGUGUUUGUUUGUUUUACAGUCAAUUCUACCGGAACAAAGAUUAUGUUGAAUUGUCUGUAGAAACCACUGUAGUGAAAGUUGGUGGUCGUAUUUAAUUUUUUCGAACAUAUUCCCUUGUACUCGGCUGCAGGUGACAAAUUACACAAAUAUGCAAUCUUUGAAAGGAUUGAAUCAUUCUAGGAUCUGACUUAUGUGGUCAGAAGGAUGUAAACAUCAUGUGCAUGAACACAAGUUUUUUUUAACCUUUCACCUCCAAGAUUUCGCUAGUAAUUCUCCUUACUGUCUGCCAUACAAUUCUUGUAAUGUUAGUUCUGAGAAUUUGGUAUUGGAUAAACUAAUAAUUCCCUUAUUGAUAUUUUUCCUCUUCUUAUGUGCUUGAUACUUUAUUGAUACCACAAGGAAAAGUCAUGUCUUGGUCACUCAUGGAAGUUGAAGGGUUAUGGGGUGUGAGGUUGGCUUUAAAACAUGUGCAUUAUGCUAGAGGAGGGAAUUUGGUGUCUGUAGCAGGGGGGGGGGGAGGGGGGGUAUCAGAGCUCCUAUCUUGAGCUGAAGGGCUAGAAGUUAAUUGGCAUGAAUCAUGUUUGCUGAGAUGAUUAUAAGGAAACAGAAAAACUUUAUACUUAAUGCUGUCUAUUUUUUUUUUAUCUUUAUUUUUAAUUUCAGAGAGGUUCCCAGUUGUGUAAACACCAUUACUUUCUGUCAGUUUCUGUUUAUUGCGGUGGAAGGAUUCAUAUUCACUGCUCAUUUUGGCUUCAAAAAACCUGUUAUUCCCAUCAGGUAAACAAAUAAGUGUUUGUCUUCACUUAAAAAAAAAAAAAACUUUACUCAUCACUUUCAAAGCAAUGGUACAUGAAGUAAAGAUAGCUUAUGAUAUCCUCUAAAUUUUUUCUCUUUCUUUUUUUCAGCAAUUAUGUGAUGAUGGUGAUAUUUUUCUUCUCAAGCAGUGUUGUAAACAAUUACGCACUUAACUUCAACGUCCCUCUUCCUCUACAUAUGAUCUUCAGAUCAGUAAGUCUUGGAUAUUAGAUCCAUAUUCUUGUUUUGAUAUUUUGAUAUCUCUUAUAAGCUGAGUUCAUGGUGCAUGCUGUAAGGUUCUGCUUGGGUUUAAGACCCAACUGCAAAAUGCAUGGGUCAUAAUGUAAUCCAAAUGAAAAAAAAAAAACAAGGUUUGAUAACCUACAGUAUGAACAGAGAAAUGAAGUUGGUAAGAUAGUUAUUAGUUAUCUUUGGGUUGAAAAAAUGGGGGAAGAUUUUAAUUCAGACAAGUUUUUGAGUAAGUGGACCAUAUAGUAAAUUAACCAAUCAUAGUGCUGAGAGAUAUAAUAAACAUUUUUCUACUUUUUCUUUGAUACAUGAAACAUGAUAUAAUCAUUUACACAGAAAUGGUAGAGGAUAAUUUUUUAUCUCUGGUCAUUGAUGUUUCCAAUUCUGUUUUUAGCUGUUGUCUGAUAAUUAACCCUUUACCAAUUAACCCAGUUUCCAUAUUCUCUUUUCUGCUCAUUAUACAUUUCCUAAGGUGCUGACAAGGAGAAUUUGUUUACCAAUCAAAAGUUUCUUUCAUUGGUGAUCAUUUCCUUCAUUUUCACCCCUGUGAUUCAAGGGUGACAUUGACCAGGGAGAAAUUUGAUGCUAAGCACUCUUGGGGUUUAAAGAGUUAAUGUGACUUCAGAGCCUUUCAAUAUGAAAAAAAAAACCAUUUAAUUAUGUUCUUUUGAUUGUUGCUUAAAAUACUAUUAUGUAGAUUUAUACAAUUCAUCCCUUCUCUCUUGUGAACCUUUUAUUAAAAAUUUAUUUGUAAGGUUGUAUAAUCCCAGUGCUUAGAACUGGAAGUUUACUGUGUGGUGUACAGUGUUUCCAAAAAGAAAAUUUGCUAAUUAUUCAUAAUUCCUCCAUCCAUCUAAGCAGAGUAUUUGAUUAACUUGGUUUUUUAUGGUUAGUUUACCUCUUAUCUUGUAGGGGUCUUUAGUGGCUAACUUGGUCUUAGGAAUGAUAAUUCUAAAGAAAAGGUAGGCACCAUGUUUGCUGGGAUAUGCUGCACAAUGCUGCACAAUGCUGCACAAUGCUGCACAAUGCUGCACAAUGCUGCACAAUGCUGCACAAUGCUGCACAAUGCUGCACAAUGUCAUGUGUUUUAUGGCUUGUUCAAUGUGAUUGUGUAUUUUAGUGUCGUGGCUUAAUUUAUUAUAUUUUUGCCAGCUUAAGGUGAUAUCAGGAAAGUUUGACUGACAGAUUGCCAUCUGUCAGUCAGUGCACUACAAUGAAGAGGUGCACAUUUUAAUUUUAUUAAUACUUUUACAACAUCUGGAUGAAAGCAACUGAUAAAACCAGGUCCUUUACAAAAAAGUAAAGAUUUACCACCAAGCCUUUGUAGAGAAUUAUUUUGAGAAGUUAGGUCUCAUUGUUUGAAGUGUUGUAUUUACAAAUUAUUAUCAGGCUUGCAAAUUGUUAUUAUAAUUAAAACAUUUUUGUGAUAAGGAAGUGAUUAAGAUUAGCAAAUAAAUGCCAAGAAGAAUCUUUAAAAGUUAAACCACAAAAACAACAACAACAAAUAAAUUAAUUGCUCUAUUUUAAAUUCUCUUAAAUUAGGGAAAUAAGCCUUCACUUGCAUGCAGUACUAGACAAUACUACUUUCCUCGCCUCAGUAUGUUAAAACAUUUAGAAGUCAGGCUUUAGCUAGAUUUGGAUGGAAUACUGCUGUCACCUUUAUCAAUCGUUGUACACAAAAUUAGUUUUUAGAUCAUGAUGAUAAAUAACAUGCUAUCAGUUUUGUUUAAACAUGGAUAUCACUAUUGAUCAUGAAUAACAAAGGCUUCAUAAUAGCUUUGAAAGAAAAACUUCUCUCUGUGAUUUGAAGAUUGAAUAAAGCUACAUAUCAUAUGUGAAGUGCAAGCAUUUUAGAACAAUUUUCUUGCCAAUGGAUGCAAGAUUUAACAUACAUUUUUGACUUCAGGUAUAAUCUUUCAAAGUAUUUAUCUGUCCUGAUGAUCACAGUGGGGAUAUGUCUGUGUACAUUAGCCUCAGCAAACAAAUUGGUUAGUCAAAAUAUUUAGUUAUUGUUUCACCUCUACACUAAAUACUACUACAUGUUUCUUAAGUUAAUUUUUGUCCUGAUGCCUCACCUCAAUUUCACAAUUUGAGCAAAAGCAAGCAAUCUAUUUGAUUAUAAAUGAUAUGUGUAUCAUAAUGAUAUGUGUAUUACAUAAUUCUAGCAAUGAUUACCCUGUGGUAUUUCAUAGUAAUUCUUGGUCCAAACUAUCUUUAGUUGUUUUUGGUCAUAGCAGUGUGUGAUGCUGAGUUUAGAUGCUUUAAAUUUCAAUACCCAUAGGAAGCAAAAAAGCAAAAGUUUAAUUUGUUUCUUUCAGGAGUUUAAGUUUUCCUCUGGGGAUCCUUAUACAGACUACAUGUGGUGGUGUGUUGGUAAGAGCUAAAUGAUGCUACUGUUUUGGUGUAUGUUAUGAAAAGAGAAUGGCCAUAGUCUGAUCAGUUACCACUACAGUGGCCUGGGUGGCAAGAUGGCAAGAUGGCAAGAUGACUUUCGGGCAUCUUGGCUGAUUACUGGCUUACCCACUGGAUGGUUAUAAGGUCUUAUUAAACCAAACUUAUGAAAAAUCCUUUUGAAUGUUGAUUAUCAUUGUCAAAUAGAUAUAGAAGUGCAUUUCUCUUCUAAUAUUUUUUCUCAUUCUUCUUUCUAUUCUUCCCUUUUUUAGGUAUUGGCCUUCUUGUGAUUGCACUAUUUCUUUCUGCAAGAACAGGAAUCUAUCAAGUAAGAUCUUGUUUCGCAUCAUUGAGAAAAUUAUUCAAAGGUUGAAUCAUUACUCAUUACUGUGGUGAAGAAAUCACUGUCAGAGGGGGAUUUAUCUAAAGAAUCCUGCUUUUCUGUACCACAAUAAACGGUUUUAUCAAUAUGUUCAGAAAGUUUGCUGAUUGUCAACCAAUUCUGUCACCUUUUUCAAGCAUUUGAAUAAAAUUCAUGCCAAGAGAACACAGUACUUGUAGAUAUGAUUGUGCAUUCUCAACUGAUGCAAAAUGAUUUAGAAGUACAUUUCAGAAACUGUUAUUCUGAUCUCUGCCGUUAAAAAUUGUCUGUAAAUUAUUCUAACGCUGACUACGUCGUGAGAUUACAAAUAGUUUAGUCUCUCGAAAGUAACUUUCAUUUAUAAUUUGGGCUGUGAAAGCUGCCAUAUUGAAUCUUGCUUAGCAGCCUGGCCACUUGCCUUCGAGCUUCGCCCUGCAAAAUGGCGACUGCUUAAGUAAUUUUUUCAAAAGAUUUAAAGAAAAUGUCUUGAGUGAUUUGGUUAUGUUCUUUGCAAUCUCAAAACGCAGCAGAUGCUAUAUUUUUUUUAUAAAUCCUUUGUAAUGACAGAUAAAAGAAUCAUAUGAUUGUUACGAAAUUCGCUGUUCUUCUGUACGGUACAUGGAACAUCUCCCUGUUUAAGUGCCCUGUAUUUGUCACUAAAAAGACCACUGCCUUGUUGCUGAUAUCGCUGAUCAUUAUUUUUUUUUAUCUUAUUUAGGAACAGAUGUAUGCAGAACAUGGGAAACACCCCAGAGAGGCAUUGUUUUAUGCGGUAAUUAACGGUUAAUUGUACCAUGCUUAUCAAAAACCUUCACACGAUAAAUGAUUUUGAUUUCUUAAAAUUCUUCAAGCAAACUUCUUUUUAAGAUGAGAUGCUUGUGAUCCGUUCUCACAGAACCUUCUUAGAACGAAAAACUGAUCAAAUUUAAGCCUGUGGGAUUUAUGUGUCCAUUGGCCAUUCGCGAGUAUUUCAACCCAUAAGUAAGCUCAUCAUAACUCAUCCUCCUCCCCAAUUGUGAAAUUUUCUGCAAAUUAUUACUAACACUGACUGCCUAUUGAGAUUACAAAGAGUAGUUUAGUCUUUCGAAAAUAAUCUUAAUUUAUAAUUUGGGCCUUGGACACCGCCAUAUUGAAUCUUGCUUAAGCAAGUUAAACAAUCUCAUUAUCCCUGCCUCUUAUCCAUAUCGGUAUUUUACUUUUACAGUGUUAAUAUUGCCAAACGGUUUUGUCUUUUUUUCAUGGACAUGUUUUUAUUGAUUUUUUUUUUUUUACAGCAUGCUUUGCCAUUAGCCGGGUUUCUUCUUUUUUAUGAAGAUAUCCGUAGCCAUUUCUCAAUAUUUAACUCUUCUGGUAAGUAUGUGACACUUCUGAUGUUCUUGUUUUUUUGUUUCGAUGGGUAUAUUUUCAGUGAACAAUUCACGGCUCCAGGCGUCAGCGCGCGUUUAUCGGAAUACGUGGCUGAAGCGCGUGGACAGUGUGGGGAUCUUUAACUCAUUACAUUCUCACAUCAGAAUACAUAUUCUCCCUACUGUUCUCCAUACAUUUCCAAAGAGGCUGACAAGGAGAAUUUGUUUAACAAUCAAGAGCUGCUUAAGUUGGUGAUCAUCUCCUCUAUUCUCAUGACUUCAUGUUUGUUUCAGGGUGAUAUUGUAAGGAGAAAUAAGAUUCUAGUCACUCUUAGGGGCUAAAGGGAUAAAGAUGCAACAGAGUUGGUAUGGGCAUAGCCCACAGCAACUCUCGCUGCCACAACAAAGAGUUAUCCCAGACGUUACGAACUCUGUUAGCCGACUCGAAGUACUGUGCCAUGCGGGAUCAACGUGCACAAUUAUCCCGCGGGGUCAAGGCUUGUCUUCCGGGUAGCCUAUCACAAAACAGCAAUCGCUUGAUGUUACCCACACAAUUAUCCCUCGGGGUCAAGGCUUGCUUCACGGGUAACCAAUCACAAGACAGCAAUCGCUUGAUGUUAACCGCACAAUUAUCCCAUGGGGUCAAGGCUUGCUUCACGGGCAACCAAUCAGAAGAUAGCAAUCGCUUGAUGUUACCCUCUUGCGGGCAAAGAAAUUCUGUGCAUCCAAUUAUCAUGAAUAGGUCAUCCCAUAUUUAAGGCAAUUCUUACUUACUUAGUCUUUCAAAACUCAAGAUCUUUAAAGCAAUCAUUCUUUUCCGUUGCUCCAUAUUUUUCUGUCGAUUAGCUGGGAGAAUUUCUUGUUAUGUCAAGGUAAAACCCCUCCCGAUUUGUAACCUUGCACCCUUUUUCCUUAGCUGUUUGUUGGAUAAUGAACUCACACAAUGAGAAGGAGUGACAUUUUGAUCACUUCCCUCAACAAAAGCUCUGUUUCUCAUGUACUCGCGCUGAUUAAAUAUUGUUAUCAAGGGGAUCACUUUUAUUUGAAUUAAAGUACUGCAGUUUUUUUAUCCUUCUAAAGAAGUCGCAGUAGACAAUUGGUAGGCUAUGUUAUAACAAAAGAAUAUUCAUAAUAUUCUGACCGUCCUGUACAGCUCCUUUGAUUCUACUUGAUUCAAACAUACAAGUCCCGAAGCUCUGGGCCUAUCUCGCCGGAAACAUCGUCACGCAAUACAUCUGCAUCCGCAGCGUAUAUAUUCUAACGUCAGAGUGCACCUCGUUGACUGUCACCCUGGUUGUUACGCUGCGAAAGUUCACGAGUUUGAUGUUUUCAAUCUUUUACUUCCAAAAUCCCUUCACACUGUAUCAUUGGUGCGGAACGGUGCUGGUAUUUGGUGGCACUUUGAUCUUCGUUGAACUGGCUAAGAAGAUUCGGGAAGCUUUGAUGCCACAGAAGGAGACAAAAGUCGACUGAUUCUCUUUGUGAUGAUACAGAAAGAGGCUUUGUUAUAUUCUGGAAUCAUGUAAAUGUGACAAUGAUUUGCGCUGUAGUGUAGUGAGGUCCGGCGGAGAUCCAUAGUGGACACCCUAUGUUCUCCAGUAGGGGCAAAGAUGGCCUAAUCUAAGCGACUGGUCAUUAUUUGUUGCUGGGGAGAGGGGAUCUGUCGUCGCCAACGGGCCGGUAUAAGACCAAGAAAUUAUUUUCCUCCACUGUUUUAUCGGACUCAAAAUUACUUUCAUCUUUUUUUAUUCUUUAUAAUUUUAUCUUUCUUAUGCCAAGGCGUUAAUGCUUGCAAUCCUGUUAACAAAGGGUCUUAAUGGCGUUAACCGUUAGCCGUACAACGGCGAAAUAAAAUUAGCCGUGAUGCGUAAAAAUCGACAAAUUUGUACUCGUAAGUCGUAAAAGAAGUUAACCAUAGAAAGUUUUCCGGUAGCCGCAAUAGGAAGAAAUUAAAUUUAAAAGUCAUCACAUUGAGACCCCCCGGCUUAACAGGGCACAUCAACUUGGCGUGAUAUUUUGUCUUGUUUUGUUUUGUUUUUCACAUAAGAUACAUGCGAUAUUUGUUAGCAUACUGUACAGAGAACUUAUCUCAACGAUAGAGUAAGAACUUAAAGGAGAAAGCUUAUGGUCACUAAUAUAUUUGUAGAUAUUCUUCUACACAAAAAGUCAGGCAUACUGUCCAAAUUUUAGGUUUAUCAUGUAUGCCCUUAGGGUUUCCAUCUGAAAUAUUUUUAUGAUUGUUGGAUAUUUUUAACUUUUGCGACAAAUUGUGUCGUUAGCUACGAUAAUACAAGGAAACCUUCAGAAAAAGAAAUAUUGAUAUACAAUGAUCUGAAUAAACUAAGCAAAAUUGCAGCGUCAAGGAAUGAUACUGUUUUAUAUUUACAUUUGUAUCAGGCGCAAUUUAGUCAAAUCCUAAAGGCAUACCAUGUUGGUCGAUUCAUUCGUGAAAGCAAGAUUUCGUUUCAGCUUUAAUUUAAAGCUGUUUUUCUCUCUCAACGGCUCGUCAGCUAUCGCCAAUUGUUCCUAAUUUUCGUCAGUUGGCAAAAAAAAAAAUUUCGAAAAAGACUUUAAGCAAAUUUCAUACAAUUUCAGUGAAACAAAUGAUUAAAAAUCCUUGUUUUCGUUGUUUAUUGAAAAGUAAUAAACACUUUCUAACACUUGUGCAACGGUUUUUAAUUGACUCGCUUUUCUUUCGAUGUUCUUCAACAAUUGGAAUCCCUU